AUGGUCGGAUUGCAUCUUUGCCUUAUUCAAUGCCAAGAUCAUCAUUUUCAUGUAUUAACUGAUCAUUAUAAAGAUGAGUUACAUAGCAAAGAAUUUGACCAUCAGGUGUUCCUAGGUGUUGAAGAAGCACAAAACUUUGAUAAAUUGACCUCUGAAAACUCUAAGGAACGUCUAAAAGUGCUUAUACCCGAGAUUGAUAGUAACAAUGAUAAUUUGAUUGAUAUAUUAGAGCUGACAAACUGGAUAAGAACGCGUCAAGAUAAAGUAAUAGCAAGAGGUGCGGAAGCUUCUUUUCAGUUAUAUGACAAAAACAAGGACAACAAGGUUUCAUGGGAUGAAAUAAGGUCGGCAAAGUAUGGGAUAAGUGAUAAUUCUGAGACUGCUGGUAUUUUAGUUGUAUCGCAAAAUGUUGACCUUAAAGAAAUGAAAUAUGAUAAAGAAAAAUAUAACCAUGCAGACACUGAUGGUGACUUGAAAUUAAGCCUUCAUGAAUUUAAGAUCUGGUUGCAUCCUGAAAGUGAUCCAAGAAUGGCAGAGUUUUUACAUCAGGAAGCUUUGCACAAGUCUGAUAGGAAUAAAGACAAUCUGUUAGAAUUCAAGGAAUAUUUGGGAAGUAAUCACGACAACAUACAAGAAAUUGAGCAUACCCACGAUUGGUUAAAGGAAGAAAAGCAAAAAUUUGAUUCAUAUGACAAAAAUAAUGAUGGGAUGUUGGAUUUAGAAGAAGUUAGGUUAUACUAUGUUCCAGUACAAUUUCUCAAUCAGUUACGCAAUGAAGCAAGACACCUGAUCAAUAAAGCAGAUAAGAAUCAAGAUCAAAAACUAUCUGUAGAAGAGAUACUGGAUAAUUCUGAUAUAUUUGUGGGUAGUUUACCGACUACUAAGCAUUCUAGUGAUGAAUUAUAA